AUGGCCCAAAUACCUGUCUUUCCAGAUGAAUUGGUCCAUCUGAUUUGCGAAGUGGUAGCGUAUAAUAAGGGUGAAAUAACAUUACCUGAACUUUGGAGAAGCUCUGAGAGUUUUGUUGGUUUGAGUGAUGAUAAGUUGAAAGAGUUUGUCUUUUCUUCCGUGAGUUCACACCCAGAUGUUAAGCUGUAUGAAGGGGGCAAGGUUUGUGACAAGCUUUACUCCGAAGUUGCAGAGAAUGAAGAUGCUUACACGCUGAGGAUUGGUGAAGACACCUUGUGGACAAUUUUGACGGGAUAUAGGAAAAAAGAGGCCAAUAUAGGUGGAUUUGCAUUUGAGCUUCUGCUUGAAAUUGCUAAGGCUGGGGACAAGGGAAUUAAUACAAAAGAUCUAGCCCAAGCGACUAACCAGGAUCCGAGAAGUAUUACUGGUAGAGUAAAAAAGAUCGGCCAUCUUAUUUGUUCUGUCCAGAUGAUCUACAAGGGCCAUGUCGUUAAGCUUUUGAAGCUGAAAAGGUAUUCGGAAAGUGAUAAUGCUGUCAAACCUUACGUCAACCUGAGAGACUACCUUGGACAAAUCGUUGAUGUUGUUAAAAAAUCAAAGAAUGGUGUGCGCCAAAUUAUCGACUUGAAAAGAGAGCUAAAAUUUGACGUGGAAAAAAGGUUAUCAAAAGCUUUUAUUGCUGCUAUUGCGUGGCUCGAUGAAAAGGAAUAUUUGAAGAAAGUUUUGUUGGUAUCUCCUACGAAUCCUUCUGUAAAAAUACGGUGUGUUAAGUACCUCCGUGAUUAUGUGCAAGAGGACAAAUCUACAAAUGACUUUGACUAUGAAAGCGAACCAGGAGAUGAUCCUUUGGAUGAUGACAAACUUGGGUUGGAAGAAGAGGACGCUUAUGAGGGAUUGGAUAGCUCUAAUGCUACCAAUAUUCUACAAGAAGAAGGACUUCUUGUUCAAGAUGAAAAAUCGACUGGAAAAGAUGAUAUUCUCAUGAAUAGGUUUUACCCAAUACAAAAUCAAACUUAUGAUAUGACCGAGAAAGCGGGCCUACAGGGCAUCUCAACCAUGGAAGUUAUAAAAAGGCUUACUGGCAGAGAUUAUAAGCGAGCUUUUACAAAGUCAAGUGAGUAUUAUGUGGAAAGCGUGGGCAAACCAAAAAACAACGUUGAUGAAUAUAGGAUUGUAAGAGUUUAUGAUUUCGAGGGGAGGAAGAAAUUUUACAGAUUCUUCACGGAAGAAAAUUUCAAGAAACUCACUGAUGCACCUCAGACAUAUGUUUCUGGGCGAUUCGAACCUAUAGAAAGCCAGAAGGAAGCUUUAGCCGAAUUGAAUGAGUCCAAUUUUAUCCCGCUCAGCAGUUCUUUGCGCUUUGUAGAUAAUGAUGGUCAGGAAUCCUUCUUCUGGAAUGGUGAAAUUAAAUCUCCUGUAAGUGUAUCUGCGAGGGGGCGUAAAAGAAAGCAGGAAGAUGUCGCAGCUGUUCAGAAGGCGAUUUCUGUGAAUAAUAAAAGAAGGAGUGUCAAGCAAAAAGAAAAGCCCCCAUCUAUGUCGUCCACUGUCCCUGCUACUGCUAGUGGAGAUGUUGUUAAUUCGCCCUCGAGCCCUAGUGAGAAUGAUGGAACCAACAAGCCUCGGGUUCUGGAAAUAGGUGGUUUUUCGGCCGGUUCUUUGAGGUCGCUGUGGCGACAGCGUGCGAUAUUGGAGGUCGUCAGGAAAGCUGGUGGUGUAACUUACUUGCGGGAACAGUUCUUUGAAGAUGUUUCUCAUUUUAUGGGGUCUAAUACUCUCUUGGAUAAGAAAACAGUCAGAGGUGACGUGAACCUGAUGUUACAGAAUGAGAAGUUACGCAUGGAAGACGAACCGCACACUGGAAAACGUAUCAUUUAUCUUCCUGAGGUUGAUCCAAAUGCCAUUGCAAGCUAUAUCAUCAAAGAUAAGGAUAAUAAGAAGGCCUAUUUCAAAGAUGUGAUUCACAAUACUGACAUAUACUUUUUCGAUCAGACGGAAAAGCAUAGAUUCCAUAGGGGUGUGAAGUCAGCGGAAAGGGUCCGCAAUUACCAAGACCGCAGUAGGACUAAGAAGGAUGCCCAAAAGAAAGCUUGGAAGAAGGCAGAGGACGCUUUAAGUUUGCAAAGACAGUAUAAACUUUCUCGAGAUUUGACAGCCGUUGGUGAAAAGGACCUAUCCAAGAAAAGUGGAAAACCGGGGAAAGGUAAAAAGAAGGCUUUAUUUCAGGUCGGAAAUAAACUAGGCGCUAGAGCACUGGUGAUGGCUGUUGUUAUUACAAAGAGUAUCAAAAAUGAGAUUCUUUGGGAUGAGAUUACUAAGCUCUUCCCUAGCAAUUCUCUCAGUAAUUUAAAGAAACAAUGGACUGCGAGAAGAAUCAGGAUGGGCCAUGUUGGUUGGAGAGCUUAUGUUGAUAAGUGGCGUAAAAUCCUUGUGUCAGCCACAAGGGAGGAGAGAGUUACCCUUGAAGAUGUGGAGCGCUUAGAUUUACCUAAGUUGAUAGAUUUGUGGAUUACAUCCGAUGUUGAUGAAGAUCAGAAACCCACCUUAUUGUACAGAGAUUAUUUGGAAAACAAGAAGCGCUAUACUUUAAUCAGAGUUGGGACCAAUGUCGGGAUGAAAUCUGGACUUGCGAUGUCGUCCAUGAUCCAAAGGGAAACAUCGUCGCUCAAAAAAAUAUUUGUCUACGAUAACUACGAUACGUCUUCUAAACGCCUUCCUCCAUGGGGUACUGAAGGUGAUGUGAGGGCGGUAAUCAGGUCAAUAUUGUAUGACCAUCCUGAUACAUCCAGGGAAAAAAUCGAAGUUUUAAGUACGAUCCCAAAAGAGUUGGUUGAUAAGGUUAUUAUGGAUAUGGCAAAAGAAAAGCAUUUAUAUCUUCAGGGAUCGAGAUUAGAAGCGACAGAUACCAUCAAGGAAUUCUUAGAGACGAGGGGUAAUUAUAGGAUGUUUGAACAAUGCGAGAUAUACAGAAAUAAACUUGAAGAAAUGUUCCAAGCAGGUAACGGGGUGAUUAUUAGCGAGGAAAUUCCAGAUAUUGCUUCUUGGAUCUUCAUUGAUCUGAUUGCACAGUCAAAAGUUAACCUAGAUGUUAUUCCAACUGUUGAUAGCAGCCAAAAGUUGAGUUAUGUAACAAGGCGUCUUGGAAUUCGAGGUCUAACUCCUCCGCUAAUCAUGUCUGCAAAAAAGUCAACGAAACUCACAAAAGAGAUUCAUGUUCCCUUGCCCAUGGGAGAGCCAAACUCGAAACUUUGGAUAGAUGGUACGGGGUGCUUAAGAGGAGAGGUUUGGAAGUGCUUGCUUUCCAUGAUAACAAAUGAAAUUCUUUUCAACCCAGGUGUCACUUUAGACAUGUUGGAACAAAAUUGUAAUUUUGUGCUGUCUAGGAGGGAACUAAAGGAUAUCUGCGGAUGGCUUUUGAAAAAAGGUUUGGUCAUCGAGACUCCCUUCGAAGGCUUGCAGGCAGGUCAUGAGUGGUACACUUUGCUGAAAUAA